AUGUUACUCGAGUUCCUUCUCGCAUUUCUUGGUGUUCUAUCACUUGCAGUUCCAGUUCAUGGCCAGGAUCAAUCAGGCUUCGUUAGUAUAGACUGUGGCUCUUUAAGCGCUCAAUUUUUGGAUCCGUUUACAGGACUGAAUUACAUUUCAGAUGAUUCAUUCAUCCAGGGUGAGAACCCUGGCAUACCUAAAAUGAUAGCAAUUGAUGAAUUCAAAAAUACCUUCGUGUUGCCGCAGCAUAAGUACCUUCGCAGCUUUCCAGGAGUUGAAGGUGACAGAAAUUGCUACAACGUGACACUUACUAAAUACGUUAAAUAUUUGAUCAGAGCUACUUUCUUGUAUGGAAAUUAUGAUAACCUCAAUGAACCACCCUCAUUUGAUCUGCAUCUUGGACCUAAUAAGUGGGAUACUGUUCAACUCUGGAAUUCAGCUGCUCUUGUAUAUAAAGAAAUCAUAUACAUCCCUACGGUGACUUAUAUACAAGUUUGUCUGGUCCAGACUGGCCGUUCAACACCUUUCAUAUCAACAUUAGAAUUAAGGCCUUUGAAAAAUACCACGUAUGUAACUCAAAAUGGAUCACUGGCUCUUAUCAGGCGGUCGAAUUGUGGCUUUUUAAACUAUGCCAUCAUCAGGUAUCCAGAUGAUGACUAUGACCGUCUGUGGUAUCCUGAUCAUAUAUGGAACAGCAAUUUAAGCACUCUUCAGGCCAUUGAUUCCCGAGAUUACAAUGAUUUCCGGCCACCAUCAACCGUAAUGAUGACUGCAGACACAUCAAUAAACGCAAGCACAGAUUUAAACAUCAACACUCAUCAGACCACUCCCCAAUUUUAUUAUGUUUAUAUGUACUUUGCUGAAAUUGACCUGAAAGCUAAUCAGUCUCGUCAUUUCAACAUUUCUGUGAAUGGAGAGCCCUGGUAUGGACCUGUUACCCCUGAAUACUUACGCGCAACCAUUGCGUAUACAAAUUCGCCCAUUGGUCCCUUCACUGGAGGAAACUUUACGUUUUCAUUCUUUCCUGUCGGAGAUUCAACACUGCCGCCCAUCCUUAAUGCGGUUGAAGCUUAUUCUGUGAUUUACUUCUUGCAGUCGGAAACAGAUCAAGAAGAUAUUGAUGCAAUCAAGAAAAUCAAGUCAAGGUAUGGAAUAAGUACAAGAAAUUGGCAAGGAGAUCCAUGCGCCCCUCAGGAUUAUGUGUGGAAUGGUCUUAGUUGCAGCUACAAUGGGACUGCUCCACCUAUAAUCACAUCCUUGAACUUGUCCUCGAACGGUUUGACAGGGGGGAUAGCCCCUGAUAUAGCCAACCUGAAAUCAUUGAUGUCUCUGGACUUAUCAAACAAUAGUUUGAGUGGAACAGUGCCCGGUUUUCUCUCUCAGUUGCUGUCCCUGAAAAUCCUAAAUUUGUCAGGGAACAAUCUCUCUGGUUCUAUCCCGGUUGACCUCCUUAAAAGAAAUGCAAGUGGUUCACUAUUGUUGAGUGUUAGCGGAAAUCCAGGCCUUUGUUUGUCGGAUUCAUGCAAUAAUAAAAAGAAGAAGAAGAAGUUGGUUGUUUCAGUGGCAGCUUCGGUUUCUUCUUUAUUUGCCAUUGUAAUUUUACUGGCAAUCAUAUUUCGGGUACAUAAAAGAAGAAAGCAGCAAGUAGCCCGGCAUGGGGAAGAUAAAACCAGGAGAACUCCACUGCUGGAACUGAAAAGGCGACAGUUCACAUACUCUGAGGUCGUGAAUAUUACCAACAACUUUGAAAGGGUUCUUGGUCGUGGAGGUUUUGGAACGGUUUACUAUGGUUGCUUGGAUGAUCUCCAAGUAGCUGUGAAGAUGCUCUCUUCAUCUUCAGUUCAAGGGUACAAUGAGUUCCAGGCUGAGGUGAAACUUCUUUUGAGAGUUCAUCAUAGAAACUUGACUUCCCUGAUUGGAUACUGCAAUGAAAACGACAAAAUUGGCCUCAUCUACGAGUACAUGGCUAAUGGAAAUUUAAAAGAUCAUCUGUCAGAUGGAAACCCAAAUAUCUUAAGCUGGAAACAGAGACUUCAAAUAGCUCUUGAGGCUGCACAAGGAUUGGAGUAUCUUCACAAGGGCUGCAAGGCACCCGUAGUUCACAGAGACGUAAAGACUACAAAUAUUCUAUUAAACGAUAAAUUUCAAGCUAAAAUAUCUGAUUUUGGCCUAUCAAGAACUUUUCAAUCUGAAGCUGCCUCUCAUGUCUCCACUGUUGUUGCUGGCACUCCCGGCUACCUUGAUCCAGAGUACUAUGCAACUCACCGGUUAACUGAGAAAAGCGAUGUGUUCAGCUUCGGAGUGGUGCUUUUAGAGAUGAUCACAAGCCAACCAGUCAUUGCCAUGACCAAUGAUAGGACCCAUAUAAGUCAAUGGGUUAACUCUUUGCUUAAAAAUGGGGACAUUGAAAACAUUAUAGAUUCAAGAUUAGGUGGAGAUUUCAAGAUAAAUUCAGUGUGGAAAGCUGUGGAAUUAGCAAUGGCUUGUGCAUCUACAACUUCUGCUACAAGGCCAACGAUGAAUCAAGUGGUGGUGGAAUUGAACGAGUGUUUAACAACAGAGAUGGCUCCAACAGGAGGCUUCAAUUCUUCUUUUGAAAUUAUAGCAGUGGAUGAUAAUUUGCUUAGUGAAGUCUCAGGGAGGUAG